AUUUUCCGAGUAACACGUCAUUCUAGUAGAGGGAGAAGCCGGCUGGCAGGAGUCGUCCCCUCAUCGACGGUGUCUCUUGUCCUCUGUGUUCGUCUUUUCUACAUCUAAAUGUUCUAAUUCUCUCCGGUCACCUCCGCCUCCGUUUGAACCUGAAAACAAAUCCACAAAGCAGCUCAACGAUGACCACCUACCAGGAGUUCAUCCAGCAGAACGAGGACAGAGAUGGGGUGAGGUUCAGCUGGAACCUCUGGCCCUCCAGCCGGCUGGAAGCCACCAGGCUGGUGGUCCCCGUCUCCUGCCUCUUCACACCUCUGAAGGAGAGACCCGACCUCCCCCCGGUUCAGUAUGAGCCGGUUCUGUGCAGCCGGGCCAACUGCAAGGCUGUGCUCAACCCUCUGUGCCAGGUUGACUUCAGGGCCAAAGUGUGGGCAUGCAACUUCUGCUUCCAGAGGAAUCCGUUUCCUCCUUCUUAUGCCGGAAUAUCAGAAGUGAACCAACCAGCUGAGCUGAUGCCGCAGUUUUCCACCAUCGAGUACAUUGUUCAGAGAGGCCCUCAAACCCCCCUGAUCUUUCUGUACGUCGUUGACACAUGUUUGGAGGAAGAGGACCUCCAGGCUCUGAAGGGUUCUCUUCAGAUGUCCCUGAGCCUGCUGCCCCCCAACGCCCUGGUGGGUCUCAUCACCUUUGGGCGGAUGGUCCAAGUUCACGAGCUCAGCUGUGAAGGCAUCGCCAAGAGCUACGUGUUCAGGGGCACCAAGGACCUCACCUCAAAACAGAUCCAGGAGAUGCUCGGUUUGAUGAAGCCUGCAGCCACCGGACCUCAAGGUCGUCCCGUGGCUCCCCAGGAUGCCGCUGCAUCGUGCAGGUUUCUGCAGCCCAUCCACAGAGUGGAUAUGAAUCUGACAGACCUGCUGGGGGAGUUGCAGAGAGACCCCUGGCCCGUCCCCCAGGGCAAACGGCCGCUCCGCUCCACCGGUGUCGCCCUCUCUGUUGCCGUUGGCCUUCUGGAGGGUACGUUCCCCAACACGGGGGCUCGCGUGAUGCUCUUUGUUGGCGGGCCGCCCACCCAGGGUCCGGGCAUGGUGGUGGGGGACGAGCUGAAGAUUCCCAUCCGCUCCUGGCACGACAUCCAGAAAGACAACGCACGACACUUAAAGAAAGCCACAAAGUUCUACGAGGCUCUGGGCAACAGGUCGGCGGCCAACGGCCACUCCAUCGACAUCUACGCCUGCGCUCUGGAUCAGACCGGACUGUUGGAGAUGAAGUGUUUGUCCAAUCUCACCGGCGGCCACAUCGUCAUGGGAGACUCCUUCAACACCUCGCUCUUCACACAAACCUUCCAGGGAGUCUUCAGUAAGGACCACAACGGAGACUUCCGCAUGGCCUUUGGUGGCGUUCUGGAGAUCAAGACAUCCAGAGAACUGAAGGUUUGCGGCGCCAUCGGACCCUGCGUUUCCCUCAACUCAAAGGGACCCUAUGUUUCAGAGAAUGAGAUGGGCAUUGGGGGAACAAACCAGUGGAAGAUGUGCAGCCUCACCCCCUCCUCUACUUUGGGCAUUUACCUUGAAGUUGUGAAUCAGCACAACGCUCCCAUCCCCCAGGGGGGCAGAGGGGCCAUCCAGUUUGUCACGCAGUAUCAGCAUUCCAACACUCAGAAGAGGAUACGGGUCACCACCAUCACCAGGAACUGGGCCGAUGCGCAGUCUCAGAUUCAGCACAUUGAGUCCUCGUUUGACCAAGAGGCGGCCGCCGUGCUCAUGGCUCGCCUGGGGGUCUUCAGGGCGGAGUCAGAAGAGGGCCCCGAUGUGCUUCGCUGGCUGGACAGGCAGCUGAUUCGCCUGUGUCAGAAGUUUGGGCAGUACAACAAAGAAGAUCCCACAUCGUUUAGGCUUUCCGAGUCCCUGUCUCUGUACCCACAGUUCAUGUUCCACCUGCGGAGGUCGCCCUUCCUGCAGGUGUUCAACAACAGCCCCGAUGAGUCGUCCUACUACAGGCAUCACUUCACCAGGCAGGACCUAACCCAGUCCCUCAUCAUGAUUCAGCCCAUCCUGUACUCGUACUCCUUCCACGGACCACCAGAGCCCGUGCUCCUGGACAGCAGCAGCAUCUUGCCGGACCGCAUCCUGCUGAUGGACACAUUCUUUCAGCUGGUCAUCUACAACGGAGAGACUAUUGCACAGUGGCAGAAGGCGGGCUACCAGGAAAUGCCCGAGUACCAGAACUUCAAGCAGCUCCUCAAGGCUCCACAGGACGAUGCCAACGAUAUCCUGGAGACACGCUUCCCCAUGCCGCGUUACAUCAACACUGAGCACGGCGGCUCGCAGGCACGCUUCCUGCUCUCCAAAGUCAACCCAUCACAGACGCACAACAACCUCUACGCGUGGGGACAGGAGUCGGGGGCUCCCAUCCUGACCGACGACGUCAGCUUGCAGGUCUUUAUGGACCACCUGAAGAAGCUGGCAGUUUCCAGCUCGGCGUAAACACAAGAGGAACGCCACAUUCCCGUUCAGCUUUCAGGAUCCAUCGACAUUUCCCUGAUUUUUGUGAACGAGCCAGACUCACACAGUCGUCUGUUUGUACUAAAUCGAUUCUCACUUUGUUCUAUUGUGGCCUGUGGGGUCCAUAACAAGGUUCCUGUAAAGAAAUACAUUUUCAUAGAGGAAAACAUAUUUAUGUGAGUGUAUGAAGCUAACAAAGGUGUCUCUGAAAGUCUGGAGCGACCAGACUGAUGUUUGUCUUAAAUGAGUGUCUGCUGAGUAUGUUUGCUUUGUCCAUAGCUGAAAAUGAUAUGUAGAAUGUUUUUGAACAAAUAAAUUAUGAUUGCAUCUCGAAUGCUCCCUCAA